AAUCUUGCAAAUUGUCUGUCAUGUCUAAAUGUCUUCACCCUUUUUGACAAUCUACAUAAUGAAUUAGUACACACACAAUAAAUAUUCCAAUUUGAAUAUUGCUUAAAGAUAAUUUUUUUUUUAAAUUUGUGUUACUUCGAAUAAUCAAGCGCAUAGAACAAUGAAUUCUCGUUAAUAAGAUAUUAUAAUAUUCAUUAUUUAAAUUCAAAAAUCUAAGAAUACAUAUAUAUAUAUAUCAGAUUGAAAUUACUAUUAUGCAUUUAUUUACAAGUUAUGCAAUCUCAUGUUAUUUAAUUCUAGUCAAACUUACAAAUUUUAUCUAGAUAUAUAGCCCCCGAUAUACAGCGCAUAUAUAAAGUCUUAUACAAAUAUUUACUACAUUUUGCACAAUAUAUAAACUAUUUAAAUUAUAAACAUACUACCGUCCGGGUACUUUUGCAUAGCUGUGUAUAUAUAUACAUGUAUAUCUUAAAAAUAUGUAUCCAGAAGAAGGGAUAUAAUAUUUAUAAUUUAAUACUAAUGGAAAACAUUUAAGCUUGGUGACAUUCUUUAGUCGUCCGUUAAUAAUCAAGUCAAAUAUGUGUUCUGAGCUGUUUUAAUCCAAAAAUAUUCGAUUUUGAAUCUAUUCUGAGAGUAGAUUUAAAAAAAUUAUAUUAUGAAAAUAAUGUGGCUGAUAGAGUUUGAAGUAGCAUAUCAGUGAUAUGUCAAACUUAUUAAUAAAACGCAAUUGCAUAAAAGACUUUACAAGUGACCAAGAAGAAGCAGGAAUAAAUAAAUCAAUAAAUAUUCAGACUCCUGCGGACUGUAAAUCAAAUGUAAUAUCUGAAAAAAACAAAAAUAACCACCGAUUCUAUGAAAAAUUAACUGGACCAAACUAUUGAUUCUAAAAAAAAAACGAAGUGAGAUAUAAAUUAUUAUUUUCGAACGUUGCAAGUUUUUGUUUCUAUAAGUAAUAUCUAUCAGCGACAUUAAAAAAUAAGAAAAAAGGAAGAGUUUAAAAAUAUGUGAACAUAGAAAAAAUAUAUAUAUACGUAUAGUAUAAGCACAUUCCAUUGGCAAUUUAUACAAUAAAACAAUACAAUAAUUAGUCCGACUUAUAAAAAUAAUUACCUUAAAACUAUUUUUUGUGAUUUUUAAAAUUAAGCAAGCAGAAAUUAAACAACAAUCUCCUAUCGAAUCCGACACGAUGUUGACGUACAUUGUCAAUAUAAGAAUAAUUGCGGAAAUCGAGAAUUGUUAUUGAAAGUUACACAAGAUAUGUAAGCACAGACAAUAAAUAUAGAAGAUCAGAUAUUAUGCGAUGUAUGUUCGAAAUUAAACCGAUAGAAAAAUGUGUGAAUAUAUACCAUGAUUCUUAACUUUCUUAUUUGCGGGAAUUUUGUCCGCUCGAUGACAUUCCUUCAAACGUCGUCUGUUUACAAGCUGACUAUAAAUACGUGUUCUGCACAGCUGUUUAAUUUGUACUGUCAGAAUAAUUCUUCUUCGUCAUCUCUUUUGUUAUUAUCAUGUCCGAAAUAAGAGAAAAAAUUAAACAGUACCUUCAAUCAAAAAAAAAGCUGGACCGAAUAGCACGAUAUGUUUACAUUAAAGAUCGAAAUAUACGUAUCGCGGCAGAGCGUUACGGAGUUAUAUAUACGCAUCUUCAACAAAAAGUCGACAUCAUAAAAAGAUUGUUGAACGAUUUCAAACUAGGAUGUGCGUUGUAUAGGGCGGUACAAAAUGUGUUAAGUGCAAAAGAAACUAUAACCGAAGCUGCAAUACACUAUCAACUUGACCCCAAGAUUUUAAGUAAAGAAAUUAAUCAACACAAAAAAUUCGGGAGAAAAUCGUACAUAUAUGAUAAACCUGUAGAUGUUAAUACAGGAAUUUUCACAUUUGACGAAGAGUUAUUGUUACUGAAGCGUUUAUCUGAAAAGAAAUGGGGAAAGAAAUCUUUAUAUUGUGCUUGUCAAAUUUGUGCGAUGGAAUUACUUCUAAAUCUAGCUUAUGAGCUUGCCCGAGAAAAAAAAAAGCGAUAUCCUGAAGCAUGGUAUAAACAUAAACGAGCUGAUAUAGACUGGCUAAUAAAUUUUGAAAUGAUACACGGUAUUAAACUUUCAAUAAUGUUUUCAUCUAAAUGUAAAAAAGAAUUAUCUUAAUCUUUAAUAAUCUUUGUUAUUAUUUCAUAAGAAAGACAUAUUUUGGAAAUAAGUAAAACUUGCAUGAAAGAUAUUUUAAUUUACCACAAAUUUUCAAUUAAUUGAUUCGGCGUGAAGCGAUCACGCAAACAUCUUAGAAAGUAUCCACUGCUUUCAGAAGUUAUAAAUCAAUGAACCUAUGAAAUAGAUUGAUUAGAAAUACAUAAUCCUUAAAGAAGAGACUCUCACAGAAUUCGCCAAUUCUGUAAAUGACUAGUAUAUGGACUUAUUGAAAUCAAUUAAUUGUAAUUUAUAAUAUUUUAGCGUUUUCAGUGAAAGAAAAUCGUUAAAAA